UCUGUUUUAACCUUGUAUUUUGCAGCCAGGAUGCAGACAAACUCAGUUGAAAGCUGAUAUCUGCCAGUACUUUCUUUCCCAUGAUUUCCCUGGAGGGAUAAACAGAUUCUCCCCAAAUUGACUGAGAAAACACAAAGGGCUAGGUAUUGUGCAACCAGAUAGAUGCAACAAAUUGUACAAAGAACAAACAGUUAUGCACAUAUGGGCAUGCAGUUCACACCCAGCUUGCAUUAAUUUGUGUUCUCAGACCUGGCUGACUAUCUCUAGGGCUAACUUUCAAAUGAAAACAUAUUGUAACAGAAACCUGUAUAAUCCCAAGAUAUGAAACAUGUUAUAUUAGGGAAAGUUUGUUGGUUCUGAAAAGAUUUUUUUUUUUUUUUUGUGGGCUUCUGGGACUGCUAUUAGAUAAAACAUAGUAGAACUAGAACAGAUUUUGAACAGGGUGACAAGGAUGAUCAAGGAUUUUAAGCAUAGGAAAAAAAAAAAGAUUAAAUUGACUCAGAUGCUCCAGCAUAGAAAAGGGGCAGUGACAGGAAAACACAAGCAGUACAAACAAUUCUAAGCAUCACAGAAAAAAUGUAGGGCAAAAUUAUUAUUUCUCAAAAUGCGGGAAUGAGAAGAGAUUAAAUGAAAUUAGGAGGCAGAAGGAUUAAAACAGACAGGAGGAAUGGGUUUUUUUUCAUGCAGAUUCUAGUUGAACAGUACAACUCAUUGACAUGGGAUACUGUGAAGGCCAGAAGUAUAAAACAGUACAAAAACAAUAAGAAAAACCUGUGGAAGAAAUGUCCAUCAAGAACAAUCAGACAAAAGCAUGAGGAAUCAACAGCUGGCUCAGGAAAUCCACCAGCCACACACUGCUGGAAACUGGGCAUGUGUGCUGGGGAAAAAUGUCACUGUUUGCCUUGCUCUUAUGCUUCUUUCCCAGAGAUAUGCUGUUGGUGAUUGCCAGAAAUUUGAUGAGCUUUUGGAUUUUUGGUCUGACCCAAUACAGCAAUUUUUACAAACUUAAGUACUCAGUGACUCCCUUUGGCUCUCUCCUUCAUUGCUAUAGUUAUGAUUACUUUCUGAAGUUUUCCAGUGUAACCUCACCUUCAAAAGUACAUUUUGUCAAAACUGUUGAAUUUUCUAAUUCUUCCCAGAUCCAUUUUCUCAAGUUAUCUGUUGGUCUUUUGUCUCCACAAAUUCACUAAUUUUGUCAUACUGAGGACUGAUCUAUAUUUCUUGAUUCAAGCUUUCAGGUGUAAUGAGACUUCCUCUUCACAUGUGUUCUUUCUUAAAUCUAAUCAAAAUAAAAUGAAUACUUUUUGUGAGAGAAAUGGGGAAAAUAUACUUAGUGAUAUUCCUGCCAAUAUUAAACAAUCAAACUGCAGUAAUGAGUAAGCAUGUUAUGAAUACCAAGUAAGGCUAAAGCAAUGAUUAAAAUAAACAGAAAACUCCUUUCAGCAAGUUGAGGGCCAUAUUUGAUGCAAUGCAUUAUUUUAACUAGCCAGCAGAAAUGUGAGUAUGAGUAAGAUGCAAGACCUAAAAACAAAACAAUAAGUCAGUGUUCAGACUUACAGAAGAAGGAAGUAUGAGCAACUUAAAAAGCAACUGAGGGGUAAAUAGAGAAAAUAAUAAAUGCAAAUAAAUCACAGCUGCAGAGGGAAUUACAGAAAGUUAAAUGUUUGAUGAUGUGAAAUCUAAGUAGUUUAAUUUUAAGUGUUAAUUAUUUCAAGUGCCUUUUACAGCAUGCUGAGUCUAGUGAAACAGUAUGAAUCACUGUCUAGCCUUAAAUAUGAACCAUAAUGCAGUUCAUGUCAGUGAUGGUGCCUGUUUUCUCAUAUAAUUUUGUACUAAAGCAGUCUUCAGGCAUUAUUUAAGGGCUUUAAGCUGCUUCCCCUAAUUUCUGCUUUGCCUUUAUAUAGCAUAAUAGUCCUUCUUUCACAACUGUCUUCAUGUCUGAUUUUUAAACAUGAAGAAGUGCUGUUACUCAAUCCCCUAACUGAGUGAGCUGUCUUUAUACAAAUAUUAAUAUCUCUGGUUUGUUACAGCUGUUUUUAAUAGUUUGCUCUCACAACAGAUUAAUGCUACACAUCAAGCUGCAGCAACAUUUAAUGAGAAGCUCUGCUCCAAAUAUUGACCGCCACAGUUAAGGGAUUUUGCCAUCCUGCUGUACUUCCUGGUAAACUCAGAAAGGAUGAGAGCCCUGAAGUUGCCAGGUUUUUUCUUCCUCCCCAUACCAUGAUUCAGUAGGCAGUCACUGAUGAUGUGCUGAAGGAAUGGUGCCAGUCCUUCAGACAGAUUCGUUUGGUUUUCUCCCUGUUUCUUGAUUUAUUUGCUCCAACAGAAUAAUGUACUUCCCAGUCCACAUUGUUUAUGUACCAACAUACCAUAGGUGAAAGGAUUCCUGGUGCAUAUACCCCAGGCUUUCUUAAGGGUGAAUUAGGAAAUCCAGUUUACAUUACAAUAAACAAUUACACAUGAACAAGACCUUCGUUCCUUAUAUUCCUGUAGCCUUCAAAGCUUUUUAGAAAAAUUUAAUCCCAGACACAAUUUGCGAGAAUCUCUAGGUCUCAAGAUACCAUUAGCUUUCACUAGUGGUUAAGUAGAACUAAGUGACAAGUUCAAAUUAAUAUUGUUUUUAAAAGCAGUGCUUUCAUGCGAAUAUGCCCCCUAACUCUCAAACAGAAAGGAAGUGUCAGGAACUUUACUUGUCCAGCUGCUUAUAUAAAUCGUAAUAAGAUGUCUGUCUAUACCAUCAGAAGCCUAAAUAUUUCCAAAAAAAAGCCCAAAAGGCUACUAUAUUGCAAAAUUCUGUGGUAAGAAAAAAAGCUAUUAUUUGGGCAUGAAAUGCCACACAAGUUUAUGCCACUAUGUAAAUAAUGAUGGUAAAAUAUGGUCUCGGUAUUAUCUUAGAAGCCACGAGGUGGCAGUGUCAUGGCUUUCUUAAUGUUGCAAACUGAAACAUCAACUUCCUUUUAAAGUAUUUAGAAGUCUUUCUUUAUGAUGUUUAUCACCUCAAUUUAAAAAUAAAAAUGAGGAAACACUGAGAUAUCUGCUUUAUUCCUGAAGUCUGACAAUGACUGAAAAAGUAUUGUUAUAAGAAAAGGCAGAAAUUGUUUUGUAAAGAUGAGGAGCCAUGCUUCUCUGAGGCAUCUGUCAUCUUACUGUCUGUUCAGUACGAGGAGGUCUAAGAAGGCUUGUGAAGGAUGCUGAAUUCAGAGAUGAUCAUAUACUGCCCAGAAGUUCUGACUCAUCAUCCUGAAAUCAGCUCUUCUCCAAAAUCUACUUUCAUUUAAAGUAGUAAAAAUAAAAUAAAAAAGUGGCAGUUUCUCCCUACUUCAGUUUUAUUUCAAAAGCCUUAUUCCUCCCUGACUCUGUUACUUAACUAACCUAUUAAAUGUUUGGCCAACAGUAAUUGAUAUCAGAUCUCUUUCAUGAAAAGAUCCUUACUGGGAAAGUGGAAUACAAGAUAUGACCAUGAAAAUGUUCAUGAAAAAUCCAUCUGCAUUAUAUGUCUUCAAAUUUUAAGAAUGCAGAACUACUAAGAACAUCAAAAGUGAGAGAUACUGUUGUCCUAUUCUAGUCUUCCCAAGCGUUAAAAGGAAAUACAAGAUCCCUACUGUAAAUAAGGAAAAGGUCAUGCAGAAUUUAGCAAGCGGUUUCCAUUGAAUUCCCUGGCUGUCGUUUUGUCUGCACCCACUGAAGGGCAACACACAGGCAGAGGUUUUCUCUGUCCCAGGGGUUGGAGUUGUGGCCAUCAUUCCCAUUGUUGACUUUGUGCCAAGGUUGAGUUGUGUGGCCCAAGCACAGUCACCAUCACGUUGAAAAGAUUAGUGCAAUUGCAUAGAUCACAUCUGUCAGGAUCUGUCAGACUCCCAGGAGGAUGAUUAAUUAAAGCAAUCUUACUCAAACACAAUAUAUCAACUCCAAAUUACUGUACAUGCAGUGUGAGCUUUCUUUGCUUAUUCUAGCAACCCUUCAAUAAAUGCCGGGGAUGCGAGGCUAUGUAUACACAAAUGGAGUUGUCCUCAGCAAAGCUGGCACUGCAAUUUUCCUAGCCCAUUCUCCGACAGUGAUUGCACCUUCAGCAAUCUUGACCUCUCAGCUACUUUCAAAAUGGCCAGUUAGGCUCCAUGGUAGCUGCAACCCUCUUCUGGAAAAUGCACUUUUGUUUCGCUUCUCUGAUUCUACUUCCUCCUCCUCCUCUUUUGACCACUCCACAGUGUGACUUUCUCCUCUUUCUUCUUCCAGCUCUCCACAUGGAUCUGCCUCUUAUUCCCCUUCUCUGCUCCCUCUCUCGGAGUAAUCUCACCCACAAAUAAAAGCUCAGCUACCAUCUCAGCUAUCUUGCUAUUCCAGACUUCUUGGGUAGAGUUCGGCUCAGUAAUUAAGAUACCUAAAUGUAAGCACCUUCUGCAUGUGAGUUGAGUGCUCAGUUCACAUUGUAUGAAGACGUGAUUAAUACUGCCAGUCAGUACUAGAAACAUGAGGACAUCUAAAAUGAUGAAUACCACCCCUUCUGUCCAAAGUAACAUUUGAUUUUCUUCUGUCAACAUCUCCCCUCAGCAGCAGUUCAAGUUAAACCUGAUUAAGAUGCAGCUUUCAGCCUUCCUCAAUGCUUUCUCAGCUGUUUCUUGUUGCAAGCACAAGGAGCACCACCAUCACAUGCCUCUCCCUUAAGUAGUCUACAUAAGGGUCAUCAUCACUUCAGAGCUGUCUCUAGAUGCGCAUACCUGGUGCGUCUCUGAGUUGCAGAUUCAGUCUGAGUAAGAUCUCUGUAGCCUUUCAAAUUUAUCCAUACAUGUAUUCAAAGCAAUGGCUUCUAGCUCUAAAUUGGGCAGGAGCAGCAGGACAGGUAGAACCAGCACUGAAUCUCUGUAAAAGGCAUGGAGACUACUUCCCAUCGAAAAAUUACAGAUGCGUGUAGUUUACACUCAAGCCAGUGAGAAAAUAUCAAGGUUUAAUUAGGAAGCCCUUUACUGGAAGCUUUCUAACCAAAAAAUGGUAAUCUGUUCCACAUAAAGGUAAAUACUAAUCAGGUUAUUGGAACCACCAGGAUAUGAACAGCAAAAGCAAAACAGUAUAAUCCGUAAGCCAGAAUCUCUGUUAUCUCUUAGAGGUGAUUUAAGAGCUAUCUCCAAAUCUACUGUCGUAGAAGUAGAUCCAAGUGUCUCUCAAGGAGGUCCACAUAUAUUUCACUAGCCCUGCCUUUGAUAAAACUUGCAAACUGAGAAGAAUCAGAAGUGGUGAAAUUACUCCUGUAUAUUUCCUUGCACUUUUAUUCUUAAACAACAGACAAAACUCUACAGUGAGAUCUAAAGUGACCUGUCAUGCCAAGAAAAUACGCCAGCAGUCUUGAGCCAGAUUGGAGGAAUGUAGGUGCUCUAUUAGGCUUGUUUUUCAUAUGUCUAUGGGUUUUGUCUGCUUUUUCCUCUGAAAAAAACCGAACUGCUUCAAAAUCCCUAGGAAAUCACUGGAGAUAAAGAAACUUUGCAGGAGUUAUUUCCAGUGAGACUUGCUCUAAAUUAUUGGUUUUGAAACUUCCAUCUCUUGCACUUGCCUAGGUGCAUCCCUCCUAGUGUACAGGCAAACGGGCUGGUUUCUUCUCAUCUGACUACCAGUUCUGAACUGGGAUACCCAGAUUAGAUGCAUUAGCUGCCUGAUAUUUUGUAUGUAGUAAAUGAAGAAAAAUAAGGUGAUUUUAGAUGAACUGAAUUACAUUCUCAGAUGUUUUUCCCUGCCCUGCCAUGUCCUACAAAAGGAAGUGAGGCUGAUAAGAUUCCCAGCCUAGGCAUCUCAGUAUGUUCUUGGAGUCAAGUGAGGCGGCUCUUGCUCAGGUGACCGAAUGCCGAAUGGCACCAGGAGAGGCUGGGGAGCGGAGGCUAACGCACAGCACUCGGGGGAGCCGCUCCUCGCAGGGUCAGCGCAUGUUGGCCAGAGGGCGGUGGAGACGGGAAGCAGCCUUUCCUUUUCAUGUCCAGCCGCACCUCCACCCCAGCCAUUCACCCUGACAUGUUUGCACUGGGAUUAGGCCUCUUCCCUGAUUAAUGCUGAUAGGAUGUGUGAGAUGAGACUCUUUGCAGUUUUCUGAGAUAAAUAGCGUUAAUAAUUAGUAUGUCAUUAUCAUCAUUAAAGAGCGCUAGCACAUACCAACAAAACAUUUGCAAUACUUUUUAGCUCUGAGAAAAGCAGUAAUAACGCCUUUAACGCCUUUAAGAUUUAAAAGAUCUAAGCUUGUGCUUUCAGUGAAAAUUCAAAACAUCUAAACUGAGGAGAAUUUUUAUGAGUUACUUUCAGUGCAACUUCUGAGGGUUUCACAGAAUCGAUGGUUUAUUUCUCUGCGAGCUGAGGUGCCAGGCUGAGGUGACUUCGAUGCUUCGAGCGGCAGCUGAGCGGACAGGCUGACUUGGCUGAGAUGACUGAGGUGACCCAGCUGCAUCUGGUGGCCAGAGUCACGGAGGCAGCAUUCAAGUAGUCUUGGAAUUUGCCCUGAUCUUAUACAUACAAAGGUGAUGGAUUGCUGGACACGUCCAUUUGUGGGAAAGGGAUGAUUCCUGCCACCUUCAUGUGAAAUUCAGAAAGACCUGAACAACAAUAGCUAUCUUUUUUCCUGGAUAACUAUGGCACCCUUUCUCAGAGGAGGAGCUCUGAAUGCAGAGCAUGCUCACGGGAGCUGGGAAAGAUGAGAGCCAGACAGGAGAUUAAAUCUAUGACAAUGAAGCCUGUUACUGCAUAUCCUUCUGGGAUUAUCAUAUUCCUAUUUGCGUUGCUGCAGAGGAGCCAUGGACAAUGCAAAGAAGCAGCUAAAAAAUCAGAGAUGAAUCUGAGUGUAAAAUAUGAUCUUCCUAGCUUCAUCACAGAAACACCAAUUCAGAAUGUAGUUUUAUACAAGCAGCAUGUUUAUAUUGGAGCAGUCAACAAAAUUUACGUAUUAAAUGAGGCUCUUCAGAACAUUUCUGUGUACAAGACUGGGCCCGUUUUGGAGAACCCUGACUGUGCACCAUGCGAAGAUUGCAAAGAUAAAGCCAAUUUAUCUAACAGUGUAUGGAAGGAUAAUGUCAACAUGGCGCUGCUCUUAGAAACCUAUUAUGAUGAUCAGCUCAUCAGCUGUGGUAGUGUGUCUGGAGGCAUUUGUCACCGUCACGUCAUCCAUCCUGACAGCUCUGCUAAUAUAGAAAGCGAGGUGCACUGCAUGUAUUCAACUCACACGGAUGGAGAAGCAGAUAACUGUCCUGACUGUGUUGUAAGCACUUUAGGAACCAAAGUUUUGGUGACAGAAAAGGACAGGUUUGUCAACUUCUUUGUUGGAAAUACUGUGACAUCUGCAUUUCAACCACCAUAUGUACUGCAUUCAAUAUCUGUUAGAAGGUUAAAAGAAACACAGGAUGGUUUUGAAUUUCUCACAGAUCAGUCUUACAUAGAUAUCCUCCCUCAGUUCCGUGAUUCUUAUCCCAUUAGAUAUGUCCAUGCCUUUGAAAAUAAUCACUUUGUCUAUUUUCUGACUGUCCAGAGAGAAUCUCUCGACUCCCAAACUUUUCACACCAGAAUUAUCCGGUUCUGCACUUCAGAUUCAGGGAUGCGUUCUUACAUGGAAAUGCCUCUUGAAUGUAUUUUUACUGAAAAGCGGAGGAAGAGGUCCAUUCGAAAGGAGGUCUUCAAUAUCUUGCAAGCUGCCUACGUAAGCAAGCCAGGUGCAGCCCUAGCUCACGAAAUGGGCCUUGGGUUGAAUGAUGAUGUUCUGUACGGCAUUUUUGCACAAAGUAAACCAGAUUCUUCAGAACCAACAAACAGGUCUGCUGUCUGUGCUGUCUCUGUGCGAACCAUCAAUGAAUUCUUCAACAAGAUUGUCGACAAGCACAACAUGAAAUGUCUUCAGCACUUUUAUGGAAAAGAUAGCAAAUACUGCUUGAACAGGGCUUUUUCAAGAAAUGCUUCAUACUGCAGAGCACAAGAUGAUGAAUAUCGCUUAGAAGUUACAACUCCUUUGCAGAGGGUCGACUUGUUUAUGGGCCAGUUCAACAAUGUCCUGUUAACUUCAAUAUCUGUCUUCACCAAAGGGAACCUUACCAUUGCUAAUCUGGGAACAUCGGAGGGCCGUUUCAUGCAGAUAGUGAUUUCCCGUUCAGAAUCCACAGCUCCACAUGUCAGUUUUCAGCUAGACUCCCACCCCGUCUCUCCCCAGGUUGUUGUCGAGCAUUCAUUAGUAGCAGAUGGCUAUACCCUGGUAGUGACUGGAAAAAAGAUAACUAAGAUCCCAUUGAACGGACCGGGCUGUGAGCAUUUCAAGUCCUGCAGCCAGUGCCUUCUGGCACCUCCCUUCAUGCAGUGUGGCUGGUGCAGCAAGCGGUGUGCCAGGUCUCAAGAGUGUGUUGAAGGGACAUGGACCCAGGAGACAUGUUUGCCUAGAGUUUAUGAGAUUCUCCCAAGCAGCGCUCCAUUAGAAGGUGGGACAAAACUGACAGUGUGUGGAUGGGACUUUGGAUUCAGCAAAAAUAAUAGAUUUGAAUUAAAAAAUACAGUAGUCCAUAUUGGAGGACAAACUUGUGCCCUGGAAGCAAAAUCUAGCAACAAAAACAAGCUGGAAUGCACAGUUCCUGCUGCAAAAAACACAACUUUUAAUAUAUCCAGUAGCAUUUCUGUUGGACAUGGCAAAACAUUAUUCAAUACCUUUUCUUACGUGAAUCCUAUAAUAACAAGUAUUUCUCCCACCUAUGGCCCCAAGUCUGGUGGAACAUUACUAACUUUAGCUGGAAAAUACCUGAACAGUGGAAAAUCUCGAAGGAUUUUUGUGGGUGAGAAACCAUGCAUCUUGAAAAGUGUGUCGGCAAGCACUGUGGAGUGCUACACUCCGGCACAGCGCAUCCCGCAGGAAUAUCGCGUCCGGGUGGGCAUCGAUGAAGCCAUUCGAGACGCAAAAGGUCAUUUCACAUACAGAGAAGACCCUGUUGUUUUAAAAAUCCACCCAGCCAAAUCUUUUCUUAGUGGCGGAAGUACAAUCACAGCUCAGGGAAUCAACUUGAAUUCAGUGUGCUUUCCUCAGAUGGUGAUUACUGUACCUAAACUGGGAAUGAACUUCUCUGUGGCAUGUAGCCACCGCUCUAACUCAGAGAUAAUCUGCUGUACAACUCCUUCACUGAAGGCCUUCAAUCUCCAUCCACCCUUUGUAACCAAAGUGUUCUUUAUUUUUGAUGGUGUAAGCUCCUUGUACUUUGAUUUUGAUUAUGUAAAUAAUCCUGUAUUUAAGCAUUUUGAAAAGCCAAUGUUAAUCUCAAGAGGCAACCAAAACGUUCUGGAAAUUAAGGGAAAUUAUAUUGAUUCAGAAGCUGUUAAAGGAGAGGUGCUAAAAGUUGGAAAUAAAAGCUGUGAAAACCUCCUCUUGCAGUCAGAAUCAAUUCUGUGUACGGUUCCAAGCGAUCUGCUGAAAUCCAACAGUGAGCUAAAUAUAGAGUGGAAGCAAGAGGUUUUGUCAACAGUUAUUGGAAAAGUGCUGAUCCGGCAAGAUCAGCAUUUCACAGGACUGAUUGCUGGAGCUGUUUCAACAUCAAUUUUAAUGUUGAUCUGUUUGGUGGUUUUCUUCUGGAGGAGGAAGAAGAAGCAAAUUAAAGAUCUGGGAAGUGAUCUAGUGCACUAUGAUGGCAGAGUACACACUCCUCAUCUGGACAGGCUGGUGAGUGCCAGGAGUGUAAGUCCAACGACGGAAAUGGUUUCAAGUGAAUCCGUAGACUACAGAUCAACUUUUCUAGAAGACCAGUUUCCUAGCAUGUCUCAGAACGGCUCGUGCAGACCGGCGCAGUAUCCUCAUUCUGACCUCUCCCCGAUCCUGUCCAGUGGGGACUCAGAUUUAGCCAGUCCACUGCUCCAAACUAAUGUCCACAUUGAUAUCAGUGCCUUAAAUCCAGACCUGGUCAAGGAAGUCCAGCAUGUGGUUAUUGGUGCUGACAGCCUGAUCGUGCACUUCAGUGAAGUAAUAGGACGAGGACAUUUUGGGUGUGUGUACCAUGGGACACUGCUGGAUAACGAUGGCAGGAAAAUUCAUUGUGCUGUGAAGUCACUGAAUAGGAUUACAGACCUGGAGGAAGUAGCUCAGUUUCUGAAAGAAGGAAUAAUCAUGAAAGAUUUCACUCAUCCCAAUGUCCUGUCGCUCCUGGGAAUCUGCUUGCCCAAUGAAGGAUCCCCCUUAGUCGUCCUUCCAUACAUGAAACAUGGUGAUCUUCGAAACUUCAUUAGGAAUGAGACACAUAACCCAACAGUAAAAGAUUUAAUUGGAUUUGGCCUUCAAGUCGCAAAAGGGAUGAAAUACCUUGCAAGCAAAAAGUUUGUCCACAGAGACUUGGCAGCAAGAAACUGUAUGUUGGAUGAAAAAUUCACUGUCAAGGUUGCUGAUUUUGGUCUUGCUAGAGAUGUCUAUGAUAAAGAAUACUACAGUGUGCACAAUAAAACAGGAGCUAAACUACCAGUGAAAUGGAUGGCUUUAGAAAGUUUACAAACUCAGAAGUUCACAACAAAGUCAGAUGUGUGGUCCUUUGGUGUGUUGUUAUGGGAACUUAUGACAAGAGGGGCACCACCUUAUCCCGAUGUAAAUUCUUUUGAUAUAACUGUUUACUUAUUACAAGGAAGAAGGCUACUACAACCUGAAUACUGCCCUGACCCACUGUACGAAGUCAUGCUGAAGUGCUGGCAUCCAAAACCUGAGAUGCGCCCAGCAUUUUCUGAACUUGUUUCAAAAAUAUCAACAAUCUUCUCCACUUUUGUUGGGGAACACUACGUUCAUGUCAAUGCUACUUAUGUCAACGUGAAGUGCAUUGCUCCCUAUCCUUCUCUUUUAUCAUCACAAGACAACACAGACGUGAAUGUAGACACAUGACCGGUAUGUCUAAAAUAAAGGAAAGUCCAUUCUUAGUAGUAUGAACAAAAAGCAAAACAUUUUGUCCACUACUUUUCACUGCCCAGUCUUUGUGAGAACACUGUUGCACAUGUUUAUGUUGUUGCCCAAGUUGCACUAGUACGAGGACAUGAUAUUGUGUUGUUUAAGUCUAUUGGAUUCUAUAAACCAUCACAGUAAUUUCCAACUAUUUGGACAACUGCAUCACUUUACCAAGUGGAAAUCCCUGUGUGCUACCAUCCAGUGCUAGUUCCCACAGUUCUCAUUAAUAUGUGCUCAGACCCAAGCACAGGGAUUCGUCAUUAAUGCCAUGAAGGAAAAUGUAAAAUAUCAACCACUAAGGCUGGAAGGACUAUUACUGUUGCAUGUACUUUAGGAUAAUGAGCAGUGCAGACAGAAAUGGUUUUCACACAAAAGGCUAAGACAAACAAUGAGAGUUUCAAGACUGCAAAAUAUAUUUUUCUCCUGCACAGUCCAAAAUCUGGCUUUGUUUUUUUUGCACUAUAUCAACAAGAUCUCUUGGAAGACAGGCAGCCAAGAGAGCCAGCCUCAUGGCAAAUGUCUUAAACUACAGAAGUCAACAUUAAAAAAUGGCAUGCAAUAAAAUAGGCAUGUCACCCAUGCCAAUCAUCUGGUGUAGUCAGACGGUACAUAGCAUAAAGGGAAAGCACCUAGCUUAAAGCAUUCCUAGUGCCAGCUUUAUUCCAACAUUCAACCACUUAUUUUAGUAACACCCUGUAUUGACAGCUCUCUUACUGAAAAAUGUGAGGCCUCCAUUUCUUUCAGUAAUGAAUUAACCACUCUCUGAGAAUGAAAACUUGAAGGCAUCCAUAUUAAAUGCCAGGCUAAACCCCGGGGAUAUAGUAGUACAGGCACCAUCAUUCUAGAAAGAGGAGAAAGGCAGGCUGGCAGCCCUCGGAGCUACUGUCUGGUGAGUCAUGCAAUGACUAGCUGAAGCUCUGCCACCUACCCUCCAGGAGAGCUGCCGCCAAAGGCAAGGAAAGACUUGAGGUGCCACAGCCAGCCCUGACCUAAAAAGACUGUGCCAUAGCAGGGAUGCUGGUAAUUUUUCAUGCCAGCCCUAAAGACCUAGGAAGAGUGAUCAAAAGAAGAAACAGUUUUAGGCCCCCUAGCCUCUCCUUGCAUGAUACAAUCCAGUGAAUUUUGACAUCCAUUUUUACUUCUAAAAAAACAAUGUUGAAAAGAGAGAGUAAAUAAAACUUUCAUUCAUUAGGGAAGAGUACCGUAGCUUUAGGGCAAGCAGCACAUGUCAUUUCUGUUCCUGUGGAAUUCUGUGCAUACUACUGUAUAGCUCAUUUAGUAUAGGAUAGAACUGGGUUUGUUGGUGUAAACACAUAAAGUAUUCUAUUUUUGUAUUAAAAAAAGUUUAUUUUUAAUGACAUUUACAAGGUUUGGUUAGGCCACAAAAAUACUGCACUGUGAACAUUUCAGAAAAUGUAUGUCAACAUACAUGAUUCAUAAAUUGUAGCAACCUUAAAAAAAUACUGUGUAAAUAUUAAAAAGGAAAAGAACCAACUGCAAACACACUCCAUCCUAAGUAUAAUAUCUCCGUUGCUGGAAGCCAACCAUUUUAACAUAUUCAAAGAGAGCUAGUGCAGAUAAAGAACAGAUAUAAGGGAGAUUUAUUGUUCUUAGGAGACAGUGUUAGAACUGCAAGAUUUAUAAUGAGGGCAGAGUGUGUAGGCAAACUACGAGCAGAUAAUACUGUAUUGUAUUUCAUCACCACUUUCAUUUCAGAAACAAACUUUCAUGUCUGCUGAGAGCAAUACUAAUUGUAGAUUGCUCAAGGACAAAAGGCUUUGCUGCAGGCAAAAAAAUCAUCUCUAUGGUUGUUAAAACAGCUAAGGAAGUUUAUGACACACAGAUUUGGAGAAGAUACUCCAAACUUGUACAUACAUGCUUGAGGAGCGCUGCAAUGUGAAACAGAGGACAUUUUUACUAUUUAUGAACUUUUACUUAAUAAAGUUAAUGUUGUGUCUGGGACACCUGUAAGAAUACGUGAUUCUGGUAAAGAUUUGAUGUUAGUAAGUUCACAUAUCUGCAAAAGAGCUGAACGGUACUUAUGUUUAUAGUUGUUGUUAUGACCUAAUAAACAUAUUAAAAUGAAUUAUUGUAAUACUUCA